UUUACCUAUCCUGAAAUUCGUGUGGAAGAUGAUGUAAAUAUGUCGGAGAAUUAUAUGCGUGUAGAUCACACGGAAGGGAUACAUGUACUUGAGGAUCCUAAGAAAAGGCGGAAGCUCAAUGAAUCAUGAGACAUAAACUCAGGGACAUGGAGGAUGUGCAUACGGAUACGAGUGCGGAACACACUACCGAGGAUGAGUGUUUCGAUCACAAAAAGGAACAACGGCAAAUGGUUAUGGCUCGCCGUGAAGAAAAAGGUAUACAAACGUCAAUUGCAAGUAAGAACUUGCAGACGAAAAAGAGGAAAGGAAGGGGACCUACAAAGUCACUAGGGAAACCCACCCUAAUGACUUUGGAGUACGAUCACUUGGGGCAACCUUGUGGAAAAUGGCGUCAAAAGUAUGCCAUGCAAAUUGGGAUUUGCAUGCAUAAGCUCUCCAUUCUCCACUCAUGGAAAGAGGUCCCCGAGUCUUUGAAGAAGAUGAUUUGGGAAGAUACUAUGAAUCAAUUCCAUAUUCCAAACGAUGAAGCGAAGAAGAAUCUGUUUCUAUCCGCAGUUGCCCAAAGGUUCCGAGACUUCAAGGCCAAGCUAGUGUCGGGGUGGAUCACGAAGCGGAGAAAAGUCGGGGGAACAAAGAAGAAGAAAAUCUACGACGGGGAAGCAACACCUUCUUCUGAGGCUUCACGUGACACAUCAUUCGAGGAUCCCUCCAAGCUUCCAUAUCAGAUAUGGAGGCAUAUCACAGCUGAGCAGUGGCAUGCAUUUGUUGCACAAAAAACAACUACCCCAGAAGUUGUUGCAAUUCGUGAGCAAAAUAGCGCGAAUGCAAAAUCUAGGAAGCACUACCACCAUCUGGGUGCUCAUUCGUAUGGUCAGGCGAGAGAAUCGUGGAUGUAUGACCAUUACCCCACGCUUGCGUCGACCACGACGCAAUCGGGCACUAGCUCUACGACGACAGCUGCACAGCGGCAACCAGAUAGAGUGCUCGAUUGGUGGUGUUCCAUGCAUGGGGUUGAUGCAAAGGGACAGAGAAUCAUACCUGAUCCCGGAACAAAACAGAUAGCUAAUGCCAUUAUUGGCUUGAAGGAAAAGGAGGCAGCUGGUGAGUUCACUCCUAGAGGACAAGUUGAUGCCUUACACGAGACUCUAGGACGGGACCAGUAUGGACGUGUGAGGGGCGUAGGAGGUGUCCGCCUCGGGGUGAGAAAGGUGUAUGGUGAUCAAUACACCUCUACGUCCAGAUCCACUACCUCCAGUGUCAAUUCAUCACCUUCCAUAGAUGUGGAGGCUAUGAAAGCCGAACUUCGGGAGGAGCUCAGAGCGGAGAUGACUCAGAAUUUCAACGCCAUUUUGGCGCAGAUGGGCUUACCGACUUUUGGUGCUUUCACGCAGGGCAAUGUUCCUAUGCAGCCUGUUCCUACGCAGCCUGUUCCUACGCAGCCUGUUCCUACGCAGCCUCGUCCACAACCGGAGUUAACGGAAGAGACACCAUGUGAGCUAUGUAAUCAAGGAGAUGGUCAUGGUAGAUUCAUUAUCGUGGCUUAUGGAUCUGUACAGCCCCCUAGGGACCGGCCACUAUUGCACAACCAGCCAGUAGCUGAUAUUCACUAUGUGGUCAGCGUUGAAGACAUUGUGACCGGUUUCGAAGCAUUUCCUCUUCCGCUGCCGAAUGCAGCAGUUGGUCUACAGUUAUUGUCUGAUUCCAUUGGCAGUUAUAUUCUAUGGCCGCGUGCAUUGGUGCGGUUAGCAUAUCAGGGUUCGGGGAAGGCCGACAGGAAGGGAAAGAAGGUAGCUUCACCUCAGGGAGGCCGACGUGCCCAAGUGGGAACGAAUUCUUCGGCAAAGUAUCCACUCAUUACGGAUAUGGAGGUGGUGCAACGCCUUACUAAACCGUGCUUCUGGCUACAUGAGUGCAUUAGUGAUGCAGCGAUGAGCAAUGAUUGA